UCUGGAUUUUUCGGUUCCUCCACGGUCCGAUCAUUUCCAAGCCAAUGUCCCGGAUUAAUCCGCCGCUCUUCCUCUUCCUCUUCCUCUUCCUCACAACCACCACAAGUGUCGCUCCAUCCUCCUUUUUCCGUUCCUACUCACAAUACAAAACAGUCAUCUCCCUUUCCCAUUCCCUCCUCUUACGCGUUUCCAACCUGCGUGUUGCACGCGGCGACAUCGUCGGCGCAAAUCGCGCGAAGCUAAUCGCCGAUAAGUUGGAGAAAGGGUUAGGACCAGGGAUCUGGGGUUGGGCGUGGUCGGUAGGGUGGGAUUACGCGAAAAACUACGCGUGGAGGGAAUUGGAUUACAGGGAGCUGCACGGCGUCGUUUCCGACUUAAACGAGUUGGCUAGGUUUUUGGGCCAGUUAACUCAGGCAGAAUCGGACGUGGAGAGAGCCUCUUGGAUUGCGAGAAACUACAGUAAGGUCCUAAGAAUUUCUAAAUCGCUGUUGAAAAGGUUGCUCCAAGUGUUUCAUCGAUCGGGAGCUCUAAAGGAGGUGGCGGAGGCGGUGCAGAGCGAGGUGUUAGAUGGUGGAUUAUUAAGGGACUGCCUUGAAUUGGGAAGCAAUGAUUUGAAAGGUUUGGUUCAAAUUGUUAAGGAUUUAGCAUCACAAUCUUAUUCCACUUCUGAUUAUAAUAGCGAACUCUGAUUACUGGGACACUAUAGUUACAUCUGUUCUUUGAGUCUUCACAAAAUUGUAGCGAUAUCAAAAAAAGAUAAUUCUUAGAAAAAAAAAAGGUUAGGUUGGGAACAAUUCCGAGGAAGAUAAAGAAAGCAUAAGGGGGCACACAGUGAGCCAAGCUUGAAGAGACCAUCACUACGACAACGGGGGAAAUCGAGAAUGCUUUCGCAUGGUCCAAGAAGCUGUUAAAAUGAAAGGGGCAGAGCCAGGGAAGAUUUGACUGACAGAGGAGUCUUGGCAGAGACUUGGCUCUUUGAUUUAGCUUUUGAGGGAUCAGGAUAGGUAAAUAACAGGCAGCUUGAACGUCCCUGAGGUUACCAUGCACAUUUCUCAGAAAGCUCGUUUUUACCUGUAAUCAAGUCCUAGCAAUAACGAAGCUUGAGGUCCUUUUUUUCUUCCUUUGUCGGAAAAAACAAAGCUUGAGUUUAUUUGUGAAUUCAACGACAUAGCAUCUAUACUUCCUCUCCCUCUUAAAAAGGUUAGGAAUGGAGGCCCAUUUGCUCAAAAUAAUAUAUUUAUUUUCAUCUUUUGGAUGAUUUUGUA